AUGGCUGAAUACAAGCUAUCCUACGAGUCUCAACUGGAUGUCUACCACCCCUCCUACCGCUACGAAUCCCAUGACCCGCGUGACUGGAAAUCCGCCGGUCUUCGUGGACCAGCACUUCCCGCCCUAGGAAACGCAACUGCCGGUGCAGUCGGCGCAGCCAUCUCCAAUGUGGUCGUCUACCCCCUCAAUGUCAUCGUCGCCCGUCUACAGACCCAAACCCAGAAAGACAGCGACUCGAGCGAGAAAUCGGAUGAAGAUGAGAGUCCUAACGAAAGAUAUACCAGUGUGGUGGAUGCUGCCUGCAAAAUAUACGCGCAGCAAGGUAUCGCCGGCUUCUACCCUGGUCUGGCGCAGGACACUUGGAAGACCGUGGCGGAUUCGUUCCUCUUCUUUCUUGCAUAUAGUGCCAUCCGCCGGAAGAGGAUAGUCGCGCAGGUAGGUGUAGAGCGAGCCGCCAAGAGCGAAAAUAUCGUCCUUCCGAUAAUCGACGAACUUGCCGUUGGUAUCUUGGCUGGCUCGUUUGCGAAGCUAUUCACCACACCACUGUCGAGUAUCGUCGCGCGCAAACAGACUUCUGCGACACGAAAGGGUGGAAACGCGAAGAAAUUGUCAACCAGCGAAAUCGCAGCUCGUAUUCGCGCUGAGAAGGGAAUCCUAGGCUUUUGGUCUGGAUACUCGGCCACCCUGAUACUCACCCUGAAUCCAUCUCUCACGUUCUUCCUCAAUGAAUUCCUCAAACAGACCCUCCUCCCACGAUCGAAGCGCGACAAACCCUCUCCAGCUUUGACAUUCCUUUUGGCGGCCGUAAGCAAAGUCGCCGCCUCGUCAAUCACAUACCCGUUCUCCCUUGCGAAAACCAGGUCUCAAGUAAUGAGCUCGGACUCUAAGUCUAAGUCUGGAACUGCAAAGACUCACGCUUCCCUUCUCGCCACUCUUACUCCAGAAAUACUUUCCACAGUCGCCACCAUCGCCCGCACAGACGGUAUACCAGGGCUCUACGCCGGCCUUCACGGUGAAGUGCUGAAAGGCUUCUUCUCGCACGGCUUUACAAUGCUCGCGAAAGACGCCGUGUACUCGUUUAUAAUCAAGAGCUACUACCUCCUUCUGAUGCUGGGACGUCGCUAUCCCACGCCAGACGAACUUAUCCAGCGUGCCCGUGAACAGGCAGAGGAAUAUACCGAGAUUGCACGUGAAGGAGCGCGUCACCUAGCGGAGAGAACAAAGGAGGGCGCCGAGGAGGUACUGAAUGCUAAUUCUGGCGGUAACGCUGUUGAUAUGACAUCAGACUCCGCUGGUGCUGCUGAUGCUGCUGGAAGUGCGGACCGCGGCAUUGAUGUUUCUUCAGGCCUCAAGGUUCCUGUUCCAUCGGUUUCUGAUGAAAUAAAUGAGACGGCUGAGCUGGUCGGUGAUUAUGUUGAGGAUGAAGCGGCCGAGUGGAAGAGCCUUUAUCAUUGGUUUUGGGAGAAGGAUCGUGGGCCGCAUCGGGAUUAA